AAAAGACAAAUUCAGGCUGGGAGUUGAAGACAUCCAGGUUUUCUUUCCUCCAGCUGUUGCCCUGUACCACUGCCACCAAUCACAAGUAACGUUUGCAGUCAUGUCUGAGAACAGCAGGAGUGACCCGUUCCUGCCAUCCUCUCAAGAUGAAGACCUGGUGGACAAUCUGUUGUGCAGUGAUGACUCGACGUUGGCUCGUGACGCUGGCUUCUCCCUGUCUAAAGCCCUGCUGCCACUGGUGGAGCCCCCCUCCUCUCCCCCUGUCCCCUGGGUCUGCUCCACUCGCUAUAAGACGGCACUGUGCACCAGCUAUGCAGCCAGUGGCUUCUGUAAAUAUGCUGAACGCUGCCAGUUUGCUCACGGCCUCCAUGAGCUCCACGUGCCUUUCCGCCACCCCAAGUACAAGACUGAGCUUUGUCGCAACUACCACACCACAGGCUACUGCUUCUAUGGAGGUCGCUGCCUGUUUGUCCACAGCCCCGCAGAGAUGCGGCAGGUCCAACGUCACCGUAGGAAUAUUCCUUGUCGCAAAUUCCUUGCCAAUAGGGUCUGUCCCUUUGGCAAGCGCUGUAACUUCCUGCAUGUUGAGGAUGGGGUGUUGCCCCUACCUGCCCCUAUCGACCAGAUUAAACCCCAGCAUAAGAAGUGGAGGCCCCGAGGUGCGCUUUGCCACACCUUCAGCUCUUUUGGUUUCUGUCUCUAUGGUACAAGCUGCUGCUUUCAGCAUGGACUCCCCAGCAAAAUCAAGACUGCUGACCUCAGCCAAGGACAGUCCCCGUCUCCCCAGCCAACCCCAGGCACUGCAGGUUUACCUUCAACCUCAUUCAAUGGGUCAACGUCUUCCUCCACAUCAACCUCCCCUCUUCCUGCCCCAUCCCCAGAGGUCAUGGUCCACAAUGCCUUCACUUUCUCCAGCCAGCACCUGAAUGACCUCCUGCUGCCCCUGGCCAUCCAUCUGCAGCAGCUAGAGAGCAGCAAGGGCCAGGAGGUUUGGGACAACAGGGCACUCUGAGUCCAUGUGGUCCAAGAUAGAAUUUGCAUGAGCACUAGGAAAAAUUUUAUUUUUAGUUUUUAAUUCCCUUUAAAGGAUGCUGUCUGUACAUGUACUUUUUGUUUUAAACACAAGUUGUUUGACUUGUUGACCAGCAGGUCAAAGAGCUGGAACUGUUCAGUGUCUCUGAACAGGAAGUCUUCCAGCUUUGAGGGUAACUUGACUUUUUAACUGUGUACUCUAACAAUGAGCUGUUGUAAAUAAAAAUUUUAACAAUCACUUCA